CUGAUUGGACGAUCGAGUUGACACAUGAGUGAAAGACCCGCGAAAUUAAAAAGAAUUACUUCCGUAAGUUUUUGGAUUGCAAGUAUUGCUCUAGAAAAUAUAACAGCUAUUGAAAAUGAUGGCCACAUCAAUUGACUUGUUGGAUAACUUCCAUGAUAAUGACAUGGACGAAGAAGAAAUAGAGGAAUUUCCUCCAUUACCUGAAAUGCCAUCUUUAUCUCCAAGGCGUAGUGAUGAUGAUGCUGAAGAUGAUAGGUUUGUCAGCCAGGCACUUAAAGAGAGCAGUACUGAUGCAGUUGAAGCUGCAUUAGAAGACAUUCCCACAGCCAAAGUAGCUAGAAUAGUGAACAGGAAACCUCAACCCAAACUAGAUGCAAAUAGACUGAUUGAUCCAGAGAGGGGGAUUCCAAGUAUUCCCAAACAGUUCUCCAAAUUAAAAUUCAAGGGUAAAGGUCAUGAAGUUUCUGAUUUAAAAGUUAUGAUGCAAGCGUACGAGCAUUGGGCACAUCGUCUGUAUCCAAAGAUGACAUUUGAUGAUGUCAUAGAAAAAGUGGAACAACUUGGUCACAAGAAGCCAGUACAGGUAACGCUCACUAAAUUACGACUCGAUAUGCCGCUCACUGAUGAUGACUUUGUGAUGAGACAUACUGAAGAGCAAGGACAGGUAGAAGGUGAUAACACAGAGUUAGCGUCAUUGGUUGAAAGAAAUUCAUCACAAGUAGAUUUUCUGCAGCAUAAUAGUGAAAUGCCAUCUCAGUCUCCACCAUCAACACCAUUGCCAAUGACAACAGUCUCCACUCCACCAAGUUCUCAGAGCAUUAAAAAGGGCACCCUAACUGAAGAACAACUUGAAAGAAUUGAAAGAAAUAAGAGAUUAGCCAGGGAGAGGAGGGAAUCCAAAAUGAAAGCAGGAACACCAAUCACAUCAAGUCAAACUGAAAGAGCACCAAUCACAUCAAGCCAAAAUGAGGGAGCACCAAUCACAUCAAGCCAAACUGAGGGAGCACCAAUCACAUCAAGCCAAACUGAGGGAGCACCAAUCACAUCAAGUCAAACUGAGGGAGCACCAAUCACAUCAAGCCAAACUGAGGGAGCACCAAUCACAUCAAGUCAAACUGAGGGAGCACCAAUCACAUCAAGCCAAACUGAAGGAACACCAAUCACAGCCAGUCAAGAUGUUACUUUGGAAACAUGUGACAGUAAGGAGUCUAGUGAUCAUAAUACUGUUAAUGAGAGAAAAGUAGAAAACAUUGUUCCAAAAACAGCUGAGAGAAAAAUGAAUAAAAACCUUGAUAAUGACAAUGUUGUAUCUAAGGAACGAAUUGAUAAAACAGAUGAGAGAGACAGUGAUGAUGAAAUGGAAACAGAAUGCAGGCUUGUCAUUGACCAGUCUGCACAAGGGGUUGAGACAGAACGAAAAGAUGAUGAGAAUGUUGCCAUGGAAACCGAACAGAAAAUAACAAAUCAUGUUGCUUCAAGAACAAAAUUUCCUAGUCCUCCGGAUUCCCAGACUGCUAGUGACAAGAAUGAACUGGAUGAAGCAAUGGAAGUUGAAAACAUAGAGAAAGAAAUUUCCAUUUCACAAAAUGAAUCGACAACGAGUAGUGAAAUGUAGCUGUAAUAUCACCUUGAGUGGUCUUUUGAUUUGAGUAUGCUUUGAUUUUCUGAACAGCGCCACCUAGUGACUGAAUGGAGUUAUUGAGAAACUCAAUGCAUGUACUGCUUUGAAUUUAAUGCCAUCAGCCAGUAUGUCCAUAAACUACACAUUCUUAAAAUGCAGCUCCACAAUUCCAGGAAGGAAUUUCGGCAAGGAAAACAUAAUUUAAAUGGCUCGUCCAUUAUUUACUAUAUAUGUAUAUUACAAACUUUACUGAUUUUUAAUCUAUGUGCAUAAUAUGCUUCAAAGGCAGCUUCAAUAAUGAAAAUCGCAAUUUGACAUUACUAUAACAAUGUUCGUCAUUAAAUCAUUUAGUAUUUAGUAAGCUUUCCAUCCACCUCUGUUGUUGGAAAGAUAACCUUUCUGUAUGUAGCUAAUACUAGCAAAGUUACAGUAUAUGUCCCUUUAACUAUAUAAAAUGAAUAAUACCAAUACUAUAUAACAGAUAUUUGUAAAAUAAAAAAACUUUCUUCAUUGAAUGUUAUUUGGAGUAUAGGUUUUAUAAAUGUAUAUCUUAUAUACGAGCGUUUAUCUUGUAUUGUACUUGUAGUAAAUUUUUUAAUAAAAGUAGUUGAAUGAA